AUGGCGCAGGUGAUCUAUCCUCGUCUUGUCGUGGUGCAUGACGUGUCUGUGGAUAGAGGCACAACUCUGAAAUGUCGUGUCGAGAUCAGCCCGACGCGAAUUGAGGGACCGUUCACAUUCACAUUCAAAGAGUAUUAUGCGCUGCCCGAGUGCCUAACGACGGUUCCUGUCAUGACGCCGAACCCACUGUCAGCCCACGACCGCGUUGAGAUCCACCGCCUAGUCAACAAAUACUUUAGGCUUCUUGAACUCGCAAACAAAUUGAGCGAUCCAAAAUUGCCAUGGCUGCUGGGGAUGGCGUGCAGAGAGCAAUUCGUACGGGCUAUCCUCCUAGAGGUUGGCUGCUUCGACUUCAUGAGGAAUUGCGACCCAUUGCCGACGACCUGCCUAGAGCUCAGCUACCACAUCUACCAGUCCGCAUGCGAAGCAGUUGUAGCCAUGCUGCCUGCAUUCAAGAUCCACGGAUUUGUUAUUCAACACCCGGAGCUCGACACCAUAAUCAUUGAGUACUUCGGCUACACAGUACCUCAGUGUCUGAUCUCGAUGUUGUCCUCGCAAGGUCAAGAUCUCCGGCAUCACUGGCUCAAGUACUCCCCGUGGCCAGAUGAUGAGACGAAGGUGUUGGAGUCCCCUUACCUGCAGAAUUCGCGCUGGAUCCUGGUCAAGAGCCCGAAUCGAUUUCUUACCUGGGGUAUUCGCCUGGCAGAAACGGUUGAAGAAGCGAAGGAGGUGGCGCGAUACUGUGCUCGAAACCAGAUCGAAACCUACAUCGUGGAUCUCGAUGGUAUGCACACUGGGUCUCACACGCCUGCGAGCGGCUUGGACGCACCUGUUCCUGCGCCAACGAUGACUGAUGCCCAAGGCCGAGACAGAACUCCGUCUGCGGACCGCGCACUUCCAAGCAUCGAGACCGAUGAACCCUAG